AAACACGUCACGCGGCCGGUUUACUCAUGUUUGCACGCUCCUUCGGCAAGUCGCGACGCUCGGUCGCCGUGAGUGUGAAUCAUCCUGCUCGAAGCGAACAACGUAGAGGUUACGUAUCGGAAGUUCACUUGUGAGAUAUUGCGCAAUUCGAUCUGGACUCGCCGAUCAGAGAUUCGCGAGAACAGUCACGGUUCGUUUCUAGUCAACGUCUUUUUCGAAAACUCAAGAACGAAAACUGGGAUCUAAGUGUGAAUCAGUCAAAAUUCAGUCGCGGAUAUUUACAGGCUAUUGAUAUUUAUCGGCGGCUGACACGAUGAUUGCGACGCCAUAUCUGAAUGCGAUUCAAAAGAUACCGGGCGACACCGCCAGCGAAAAAUUGAAAUGGCUCGGGAAAUUGAGCCAGAAUGAACGGGAGGAUCGACAGAAGGCCAGCGGAGAUAUCGAUCGGAUGCCGUCGGAGUUGCAGCCGAUACUGCGUGUGGAGGCCGCCGUCCGGAAGAAGAUACACAAGGACAUAACAUCGGCUUUGAAGUCCGAUGACGUGACGAUCGUGCGACGCGCUCUCCAGGCCUCCUGGUUCUUCGAUGGCAGCCACAAGGACGUCAUAGACGUCGAAUACUUCCGCGAGCAGAUCUUCCCAUACGUCUCCGUGAAUACGAGACUACAUAUUAUAAAAACAUUCACCCUUAGGCUGAAGGACACGCAGUUCGCGCAGCAGAUGUUCAUGGAAAUAGAGAACAUUUAUGGCAUUCAGUAUGCCUUGCCGUUGAUCGUGGUGUGCGACGAGGAGUUCGCUUAUCGCACGAUCGUGAACAAGAAGAUCCGUCUGCCGUUGACGAUCGCCAAGAAAAUUUUUCGCAGGAACAUAGACUUCAUAGUGCGUUAUCUGAGAUUGUCCGAUCCCUCUGAGAAAAAUUUUUUCCAGAUCAACAUACAGGACUACGCAGUUUUUUUGCCGACAUUGAUAAAGAAACGGCUGGCCGCCUUUGUGGAGCUCUACGAAAUGCACGAGAAGAAUCCACCGGAAUUUCGACUGAGCAACACGUGCGUCGACGUGUUCCUGAAAAAGGGCAUUGACUACCUAAUGAGAAAGCCGUUGUUGUACAUCAAAAUCUUACCGAUCAAGAAGAUCCAUGCGACAAUAAUGAAGAAGCUAUUCCCGGCUUUGAUGCCGGAAAACGUGGAGCUCUACGAUGUGAACAAAGCGAUGGAAUAUUUAGAAUAUUAUCCGAAGGCUGAGAAGUUCGAUUUUCUGUGUAAAACUUACAGGGACAAGUACGGCGUCGAAUUUCUCGCUAAGCAAGCGAACGUGACACCAAACGUGCUGUUACUGGCGCCCGUCGAGGAACGUGUCAAGCAGGCCAGGGUCAUGAUCAAAACGGAACUAGAGAAUGCGGAUACGACGGGCGGCGACGACAAUGACAUGGUUUUCAUGAUUUGGUUCUGUUAUCUGCCUGCCGCGGAAUCAAUACCGUUAAUAAAACGUGCGAUACACAAAGCGACAACGCCGGACAACAGGAUCACCUUGCUGUGGCAGAUGAUUACCACGUGCAAGGUGAACAACGAUGAGAAAGCGUUGCUUGACUUUAUGACGUAUUUCCUAAACAGACAUAAAAACGAGGAGGAGUGGGUGUUCGAUCGAACGAUGGAUAAAAUUGCUUCUCUUUAUGACGUUGCUUACUUCAGCAAGAAGAUCUGGUCCGCUUUGAACGAAAUCAUUACUCUGUUUUACGUGAAAUACGGCUGGGUGACGGAAAAAGUUCUCUUGGCUCUGAUUCAUAACAAACUUCUUCACAAAAUACCGAUCGCGGAGCAGAUCGAGAUUCUCAUAGAAACGCAAUUGAAGAAAACCUACGUGAACUUCGAAUGUUUGCUCCGAGAACAUCCACACUACAAUAGGCAGUGCCUCAUCGUUUGCGCAGAAGUUCUGAAGCAGAAGAAUAAUGUCGUACGAUGGAAAGCGAAGGAAGAUGUACUGGUGUUCAAUCUCGUCAAGGCGAUGUACUAUUUUAACGAGAGAUACGACAAGAAGAAAAACAAAUCGUCCACAGAGAUCAAGCGUAUCACGAUUCAGGACUAUCCUUGGCUGCAGCGUAUUCUGUAUCAAGAUGUGAUCCAAAAGAGUCAUUAUUAUAGUAAUGUUAUAAGCAACUUGUUCCGCAAGUAUGAGCCGGACUUGUACCGCUCUUGGUUCGAGGAGAAACCGGAGUUUCGUAAAGAAUAUGUGAGAAAGGGCGCGGUGAUCAAAUCGUUGAAGCAGGAUCUGCGAAAGAUAUUAGUUAAUUGGAAGGAAUAUUUGGAAAUUUGCAAAACUUAUAGCUACAAAAAAAGCGUGCAUCGUUUCAUCAGAGCGACGCGUUGGUACAAGGACCUACCUAUCUUUUUCGUGCGGCAUUGCCAAGAAAAUUGGCGACAGAAGAAAGACUGCAAUUACUUGGUCAUCAUGGCAUUACUGCUUCGUGGCGACACGAUGGCGAAGAUAAUAGAACCUCUGAUACCUAUGGAAACGAAAGUGAACACCGUCUACAAGGGUGCUAGGGACAACUACACUCUCGUGAGUACUUUACCGUUGGUCAUGAAAGUUUCCAAUCCGCCGGUACCUCUCGAGCUCAUAGCCAGAUUAUGCGAAGGGGAUUAUCUAUCGGUGGCGUUAAUGGCGCUGACGUGCGCGUGCAGGCGACUCCCUUUACUCCAGGUGAUGUCGUUCGCGGAAAAUCUCGCGGAUAAACGUGUCAGCGUCACGAAGCAUGGCAUUCGAAUGAUGUACCUGGUAGCACCCAUACACCAACUUCAACAUUUCCUUCAAUCUUGGUGGCAAAAAAAGCAGCAUCACUCGAUACGGGCUGUUUUGCUCAAAAGCACCCAGGAUCUGUUCUUUAAGAAUCCAAAUGAGCAGAGUUGGUCCUCGUACAAAUGUCUGAUAUCGACGAUGAGUGUCACGGACGACUUGUUGUUCUCCGAAUUGAAUCUGAGUAGCGUGCCCACCGAAUACUCCGUGGAUUAUAAUGAACUGAUGUUCGACGUGAUACACAAACUGUUGGCGAAAGGUCUACCUAUCAGCAAAGUGCUUCGAUGCAUUGUCACUUUAUUACAGACGAUCACCGAGCAGACCUGCGAUAAUCUGAAGGACAGUUUCAUCAAGAUGUUACUGGAGACAUAUCUAUUUAAUCAAAACGAGGAAUUAUCGAUGGCGGCGAUAAACUUCACUGUAUCUCCGUACCUGUUAACAGCCAAAGGGAUGUACUAUACGCGCAUGGACACAUUUUCCGAAAUCUUGAAGAAGGAAGUGAAGGAAGGCUGGGACAAGAGCCAUCCGAAGAAAAGUGGCUUGUAUCCGGUCAACUACAGCGUCCACACUUUCAUCGACAAUUUCGUGAGUGAAGCUCUCGCUAAAGAGAGGCAAGUCAAUCCGGAUGUUAUCGCCAAAAUGCUGGAGACAUUUUCAUCCGUCCUAACACCUCAAAUGGAGCCGCGAUCUUAUUUGCUGUUGGUGUACGCACACGAAUGGGCGAAGAGCAUGUCACCUAAACAGUUCGGCUUGCAACUCGGUACGAGAAUACACGACUUGAUCAAUAUAUUUUCGCCGAUGUUCGUAUCUUUCAUGAGCAAAACUCUCAAGGACUUGCUGAACAACAUAUUCCAUGAAAAGCUGCAGAAGCCCGAAGUCAUGCAUAACUUUGUGGAAGGUCUCAUUGAGGCCGGCAACAUGGAAUCCUAUUUUAUAGCUACGGAUUUCUUAUUAGAGAAUAUGCCAUCUCGCAACCCGGAACAUCAUACACUUGUCAAGAAGCUCAAGGAUAUGAAUCACGCUGGUAUCACGAGUCUUUUAAAUGAUAGGAAAAAUCAAAUAUUUUACAGUCAAGUCGAGUUUGAUGUUAGCAAAAUAGAGUAAACGCUGCAGGCGCAAAGAAUAAGUCUGUAGUAAGUUCUACUCAUGCAUUCCGAUAAAGUAGCAUUUGAUGACGUGGCAUUUGAUAAUAUGAUUAUUCGAGAUGAUGAGCAAUUUCUCGUUAUAUAAUUAACGACUUCAUUGCAGAUGUAAAUGUACUAUUGCACCAGAUACAUUAUUUGCAUACGAGUUUUUUUCACUUCUACCUAUCCGACAUGGUCAUUGAGUUCUCGUUGAAAUGACCGCUUAUUCUUUUUAUUUCGAUAGAUAGGUACAUAGCUGAGACGUUUAAUAGACGCUCUGUUAGUGGUCUUUCGGAAGUGCGGCAAUAAAAGCUCAUGGUUAACGACUCGAGACAGAUGAAACUUCUCGCGUUAUGUUUAAGUUUUCAGAUGUUUACCGCUUGUACAGAAACCGAUAAACAUGAUAGUAAAACGUUGAUAAUAUAAUAAAACUUUUCUAAGUAUCUCA